AUGGCGGACGUCGACAUGGGCGCAGACGCGCGGAGAGACGCCAACGGCAAGUCGGACUGGGCCGCGCGCUCCGUCGAGGGCUGGAUCAUCAUCGUCACAGGCCUCAAUGAGGAGUCGACGGAGGAGGACCUCCAGGACCUGUUUGGGGAGUAUGGCGACGUGCGCAACCUCUCCAUGGCAUUGAACCGGCGAACGGGUUACGUGAUGGGCUACGCGCUCAUCGAGUACGCGCGCAAGGAGGAGGCCGAGGCGGCGAUCAAGGAGACGGAUGGGACCGAGUUCCUCGAAAAGAAGAUCCACACCGACUUCGCCUUCGCCAAGGCCCCGGCCGGUGCUCGCGGAGGCCGUGGUGGGCCGCGCCGGCGCGACCGCUCGUUGAGCCCUGGGCGUCGGUAG